ACAGCUUCUAACAAGUCAAGGUUGUAUGGUGUUUAAGAAAUUCAUUGAAUAAAAGUUGGAAGGGAUCCUGAAGUUAUGGGCUCUUCAAAAACUUCCACGGCAAACCAAAGACCACGACUGCUGACCAGUUAUGUAGGUGCCCUUAUAACCAUACUCCACAAGACCUACCGACAAAUUGAAGGCCUCAAUGGUCCGAUAGGCUCACUUGCUUGGGUAGUGGCAUCCAUGGCGAGACCUAUACUUCAUCCUUUGGAGCACCUAUGGCUGUUGAUCCUUGCUUUCAUUGAUGACCAAAUCCUGGCCAUGGAAGAUAUCAUCAUAUCCAUCUUUCCCCCACUCAUGCCUAUCUUUGCAAAAAUUGAUGAGCUAGAGUUCCAUGCAAAAUCCCUCCCAAAGAUGCUCGACGACACAAUUGAUGGACUUCUUAUGCUAGUCUGCCAACUACCACUAUUGAAUUAUGCCUUGGCAAAGUUUAAAAAAUCAGUUAAUAUGAAGACAGAUUUGGAUUCAAGUGAGGAGACAGAGAUCGUGGUCGAUAUCAAGUGCUACGAGCAACAGAAUUGGGAUGAUGGAAACCUAUAUGAGGAAAGAGAGAUGGAGGAGAGGAUGCAUAAGGCCAAGGAAGACCGAAGAGCUAAGAUGAUGGAGAAGGAUAUAAGGGAGGUGGAAAGAAGUUGUAAGGAGAUCGUGGAGAUUUUGGAGAGGAUGGAGAUAGUGGAUGAAGGAAAAGGACAUGAAAAGAAAGAUGGUUUUGGAGUUGAUGAAGGGAAGAUGGUGGUGUCUCAAUCACAAGAAAGUAGGGAGGAGGAACAAUGGGAUCCUAUACUGGAGUUAUUUGAUGACGGGUGGCAGUUGAAGCCUUUGAAAGCAAUGAAAGCAAAGAAAGGACAGUAGAAUGGAAGCAAAGCAACCUUGUAUAGAUGUUCGUGAUGUAUUUAGGCUAUGUCUAUGAUUGUUGUGUUUGCUAACUAGUUUUGAGAUAAGGUAGUACUUUGUUAUUAUGCGUUGUAAUAAGCUGAAAAUAAAUAGUUUACUGAAUCCUGAGAUUGUGAUUUUUAAAGAAAAAAUAUUUAUUUUCUAUUGUAAUAAAUAAAA